AUGCCACCACUCAAGAAGAAGAAGGCCGCUGCUGACAAGGGUGUACCUAUCGCUGAGUUUUAUCGGGCGACCAGAUCAGGGAGGGUGCGUCCGGAACCUGGUCGAUCCACUGAAUCUGUAAGCGGGGGGAAUGGACAUCGAACUGGAGCCACAGUGAACGAGGACAGUCAACGCACCGACACUGUGCAUCCAGAGGAACCCAGUGGCAAUGACGAUUCGGAGGAAGAAGCAUCCAAUCAUGACAACGGAGAAGGUAGUAAUCCAACUGGAUUAGAACCACCCCUUGCGACAAAAAAGAGGGGACUGUCCAAAGGGUAUGAGAUAAUGAAGAGAACCGGAACUGGAGGAAAGAUAGAUGGAAUUUACGUAAUGGAAAAUGGGCAGUCAUUUGUAGGGCCCAAUGAGAGCUUGCUGAAGACAGAGUUGGGCGUCGUAACACGUCUGAUGGCCCCGAUAAGGAAGUACUACUGGUCCAAGUUGACUGAAGCAGACAAGCACCCGUUAUUCAAGAAGCUAGAGGAUGAACUUGACAUAGACACAGCAGGUGAAGAUGCAAGGAAGAUUAUGGAGAAGAGAAUGAAGAAGAGGUUCAUCAAUUACAAGUAUGCGAUGCAUGCUCACUACUUGAAAGACCCUGAGAAAGCCAGGACAGACCCUCCUGUUGACAUGAAUAUAGAGGACUGGAAUAUGUUGUGUGAUCACUUUGAGAGUGAAAAGUUUCGAAAGCGAAGUGAAAUUAAUAAAGUCAACAAGAGUAAGCAAGUGUAUGCACACACUUCUGGUGCAAAAUCUCUUGAUCAAAGAAUAUAUGAAUUGGAGAAGAAGAAGAAGAAGCAGAAGCAGCAGGAGCAGCCUACUGGAGAGGAGCAGCCAACAGAAAUGGAGGACGGUGAGACCGUAGAGGAGGAGCCACUAGAUAUGCUUCUCUAUGCAAAGAGGUAUCAGAAGGCUGAUGGUAGUUGGGUAUCGGAGGAACCUAUGAAAAACUAUCUGGAGAUGCAGUCCCUUUGGAUAGAAGCAAAGGCAGAGGGGAAGCCUUUAUCAGGCCGCGAGAUUGUUCAGACAGUCCUGAAGAAGAAGCUGAAGUAUGGACCCAAGGAGAACCCAAGAUCAGCAAAGGAGCAACAACUCCAAGCGGAAUUGGAGGCAGCAAGAGCUGAAGCAGAGAGAAAGGCUAAGGAGUUUGAGGAGAAGAUACAAAGUCAAGAAGAGCAGCUAAAAAGCCAGGCCGAGAAGAUACAACUCCAGGAAGAAAAGUUACAGAUCCAGGAGGAGAGGUUUGAGACUCAAGAAGAGGUGAUGAACCAAAUGAAAGCUGCCCAGGAAAAGUUACAGCAUCAAGUGCUAGUGAUUGCUCGCCAACUACCCCGCAAAUGA